AUGGCCGGGGCGGGGCCGGGGCCGCAAGUGGCGGGGAAGGGGUCGCUGCGGGCGGCGACAGGGCUGCUGCGCGCGGCGACGGGCCCGCUGCGCGCGGCGAGGGGCCGGGACGGGCGGCGCACGGGCGUCGACGGGCCGGGGCAGCGGCGUGGGGCCGGGACUGGCGGCGCACGGGCGGCGUGGGGCCGGGACGGGCGGCGCACGGGCGGCGUGGGGCCGGGACGGGCGGCGCAAGGGCGUCGACGGGCCGGGGCAGCGGCGUGGGGUCGGGACGGGCGGCGCACGGGCGGCAUGGCGACACAGAUGGGAGCAGACGCGACUACCACAGAGCUGGUUCUCAAAUCCAACGUGGAGCUCACGGCCCGCCUCCCCGCACUCUCAGGCGCGGCCAAGCUGACCAUCAAGGGCGCGUGCGGAUCCACCGGAAUCGACAAGUGCAUCAUCAGCGGGCGUGGCGCCUUCCCCAUAUUCACCUCCCCCUCGACGAUCAACACGGCGGGGCAGUUGACUCUGGUCAACCUCACCUUCCAGUACGCGUUGGGAGGCGUCUUUUCCAAGGUGUUGACGCCAGUCGACGCCAGUCAAUGCAAUUUCGCCCACAACAUAGCUGCUGCUGAUGCUGGCGGAGGGGUGCUCAGAGACAACAUCACAAUAAUGCCUGUGCCUCCCAAGCGGCUCUUCACGCGUUGCAUCUUUUACAACAACUCCUCGCCCGCCCUGGGGGGUGGCGCGGUCAACAUAGACGCCCACACCUUCAACGCCACCGGCCUCACUGACCGCGUGCCGGCUCUCACCUUCCUGCGCUGCCGCUUCAUGGACAAUAGCGCGCCGAACCACCUGGGCAAGGCGGUUAGGGUGGCGGGGACGGCCAGGCUGCGGUUCGAGGAAUGCGUGUUCGAUGGGAACAGCGCUGAUGAGUGUGUUUCUGGGGGAGCCAUCUACGCUAAAGACGCUGCCUUCACUUUUGUUAGAGCCACCCUAAACUACAACAAGGCUCUCGGCACCUCCACUCUCAACAGCAUCACCUCUGGCGAAGGCGGUGCGGCCUAUGCCGUGGCGUCGGGACGAAACUCUGAGGCUGCGGUGCGCUUCUGCUCGUCGACCUUCCAGGCCAACACCGCCAAGUUCACAGACGGCAGCACGCUGUACAUGGAGACUGGCUGGGGAUCGUCGUGGGCGGCAGUGUUGUCAAUUUGCGACGGGAGCAAGCCGACUGGCACGGUGGUGCCCACGACUGGAUGGAAGCUGGUGACCGGCUGCCCAGCCAGGCUGGCACACUUGGUGGUGGGGGUCAGUACCUCGUGUGGUACUCUGCUCUGUUCACUACCCACACUCAACCUCUCCCUCAUGCUACCCCCCACCUUCCCCUUGCAUGACUUGUGUUCUUACGGCUCUCCUCAUGGUCUCCCAUCAACCUCUCCCUCAGCAGCGUUGCUGCUUCCCAUGCCUCUCCCGUCUCGCCUCUCUCCCCCUUUCCCUCUGUCCAAGCAGCACCUGUAA